AAGGAGGGAAGGAAGGAAGGAAGGAAGGAAGGAGAGAGAUCAAUUGUCUGCCACAAAGGCAGGUCAACUACUUUCUCUUCGGAACCAGCUGCUCCAAACUCUUCCCUGGAAGCAGGUGGAAAACCGGGUGGCUCAUAGAGCAUUGAAUUCGGGAACACCAGGACUUCUGCACAGCAGCUCCCAGGCUGCCAUCUCUCUGACUUGCACCGUCCUUCUGACCCUGGGAGGUGGCACAGUGGAGACAGGGUUGGGCCCUGAAGUAGGAGGCCCCCAGUUUGAUCCCCAGCAUUGUGUGUGGUGGAGCAGUACUGUGGCGCUCUCUCUGGGACCAGAGGGCUGGGCUCUUCCUGCAGACCAGCCUUCGGAGGGGAAGAUUAGCUGCCCAGAGGACUUCCCUGGCCUCUCCUCACGGCUCUCUGUAACUUCCCUCAGCUCGGGGAUGACUUCUGCUUUGCAGACACCAUCAGCUCGGUACCAGGCAUGACUUGUCGCACUCUCUAGCCAAGUCUCAGGAAAGAAGAUAGGCUUUUGCUUUGACAAGGAAGCAGAGAGGCAGCUAGAUUCUGGUCUGCGACUCGGACGACAGAGAAGGACAAAGGGAAAGAAAAAAAGCCACAGGACAUAAGAUUGCAGACAUCACGUCACGAGGGGAGCGCUCCCCCCCCACGGGAGCAGGUGCUCACUCACUGAAACUUGAACUUGAGUCCAAGAGAAGAGUGGAAAUGGCCCAAGAAGUCCACCUGAACUCCCUCCAGGAGCUAGAACGCGAGGCCGUGUUGCAGGUGCUGUACCGGGACCAGGCCGUUCAGAAUGUGGAGGAGGAGAGGGUCCGGAAGCUGAAGGCGCGUCUGCAGCAGCUGCGUUGGAAGGGGGCGAAGAGUGCAGGCCAGGGGUGCCCGGAGCAGCGCUGUGCCCGCUGCCAGCGGGGCCUCGGCCGCCUGCUCAACCGGGGCGCCGUCUGUCGGGGCUGCAGCCACCGUGUCUGCUCCGACUGCCGCGUGUUCCUGCGUCGGACCGGGGCCUGGAAGUGCACUGUGUGUUUUGAGGACAGGAAUGUGAAAAUAAAGACUGGAGAAUGGUUCUUCGAGGAGCGAGCCAAGAAAUUCCCAGCUGAAGGCAAGCACGAGACGGCCGGGGCCAGGCUCCUGCAGUCUUAUCAGAGGCUGAGCAGCAACAUCUCUGUGGUGCCUCCCACCCCGCCGCCCGUCCUCGAGAGCCAGUGCAGUGGCAUCUCAGGCCGGUUACAGGAACUUGGUCAGUUUAAAGGAUUUAAUAAGUCCGUGGAAAAUUUGUUUCUGUCUGUUACCACCCACAUGAAAAAACUCUCCAAGUCCCAGAAUGACAUGACCUCGGACAAGCAGCUCCGAACCUCUGGGCCCAGGCGGCGCGCGGCCCGGUCAGAAAGACGAAGCCUGUCUGACACCGCCAUCAACGUCACCACCGCCAGGAAGACCAGUGCUCCCGACAUCCUAAAACCCCACGUGCAGGAGAGCCCCCAGCGCCCUGCAAGCCCCGUUUCGAAGCAAGAGGAUGUCCCGUCCAGUCUGUCCAGCUCUCUGCUCUCCACAGCCUUGAGACAUGGCAGCCUGGUCAGCAUCAGCAGCACCUGCACCGAGGCGGGAGGCUUCGACAAGGCCAGCGUCGCCGGGGACAUCGAGCUGGCCCUCCGCUACCAGCAGGACAGCGGGACCCUAGAGGUCUGCAUCGGGGCCUGCCGGGGCCUGGCCUUCGGGGAGGAGCGCAAGAGGAGGUGCAAUCCAUAUGUAAAGACCUAUCUGCUGCCUGACCGGUCCUGCCAGGGCAAACGCAAGACGGCUGUGCACAAGAACACGGUGGACCCCGCCUUCCACGAGACACUGAAGUACCAGGUGGAGCCGGACCAGCUGGGUACGCGGAGGCUGCAGGUGUCCGUGUGGCAUGUGGGGGCGCUGGCCCGCAGGGUCUUCCUGGGGGAGGUGCUCCUGCCCCUGGCUGCCUGGGACUUCCGGGACCAUGACUCGCACUCGUUCCGCUGGUACCCGCUGCGGGCCAAGGCCGAGAAGUCUGAAGACAGCAACCCUACUCCUCCCAACAACGGAGAGCUUGCAGUUCGGGCCAAGCUGGUCCUCCCUGGAGCUUCCAGAAAGUUCCAGGAUGCCCCAGAAGAGACGGGCCAGUUGUCACCGUCCUGUGAUGGUCAGCUCUGCCUGGUGGUUCUGGGAGCCAGGAACCUGCCCGUCCGCUCAGACGGCACCUUGAACUCCUUCGUGAAGGGCUGCCUCACCCUCCCGGACCAGCAGAAGCUGCGUCUGCGCUCGCCCGUGCUCAGGAAGCAGGCCUGCCCCGAGUGGAAGCACUCCUUCGUGUUCAAUGGCGUGAGCUCGGCGCAGCUGCGGCUGGCCAGCCUGGAGCUGACCGUGUGGGACCAGGCCCUGUUCGGGGUGGGCGAACGCCUGCUGGGAGGGGCCAGGCUGGGACCCAAGGAUGCAGUGGGCAGUCUUGAGCCCGGGUCCCCAUCCAAGGUCCAGUGGCAGAAAGUCCUGUCCAGCCCUAACCUGUGGACCGACAUGACUCUGGCCCUGCACUGAGGGGGCCCAGGGACAGGCCCCCUCACUUCCCACCUGUCACCUGGGAGCCCUGAAACCAAUGCCCAUGUGAAUGGCACUUGCUAAGGCCACGGCUGCCGUGCGGUCUCUCAGUUUAGGGGGGCGCUCAGAUUCAUGUCACUUCACACCCCCCCAGAGCCUUGGCCCCCGCCUCACAAGGGCUGAUCCAUCGACCACCUGUAGACACCAGCUCCGGCCUGUGACCUGUGCUUGGACAUGAGCCACCGCAUGGCAAAUAAAGGCCACACUCCUGGG